AUGGGUGCUUGUCUUUCUUCAAAAUCAGUUGAUUACCAGAUCCCUUCUGCAAACGUUGUUCUAAUGAAUGGAGAAUUACGCCAAUUUUCAAUUCCAACCACAGUUGCUCAGGUUUCGGAAUUUGUAAAUUCAGCAUUAGGUUCAUUCAUUUGCAACUCGGAUUGCUUGUAUUUCAACGAUUACAUACCUGCUUUGGCGCCAGCAGAUGCGCUUGAGGAGUCUCAGAUCUAUUUCGUGCUACCGAGCACGAAGCUUCAGCAUCGUUUGACUGCGUCCGACAUGGCUGCUCUAGCCGUGAAAGCCAGCUUCGCUCUUGACAAAAUGAACGCCGCUGCCUCAACGCAAAGGCGGAAGAGAAAGUCCCGGAUUUCACCAGUAAUGGGUCUAGAUCAAAAUAUCCAACCCCAUCAAAAGAAGAGUUCUGUUAACAAUAACAAUGCAACGAAACCCUCAACAUCAGCACAAUUAGGGGCUUCUAGAUCCAGGUCUGUGAGGAAAUUGCAGAAGUACUCUUCUCGGCGGGCUAAAAUGACGGCCCAAUCCUUCAGGAUUAGGCUAAGCACUAUAUAUGAAGGAUCUGUAGCAUAUGCUCCAGUUAACUGA